AUGGUUUGGAUCGAGGAUGACUAUGGCUUGGACCUUUCUCUUGAGUCCGUUAUCGACAGCAGCACCUUGGUGGCAAUGCCGGACUCCGGACGCCUGCCAUUCCGCGUGAGAGUGCGAGAUCCAACUAUCGCGUCAUACCUGUUCGCGCGCGAUGGCCCCGAGAUUCGUUGCGACGACUUGUCUUCGUCGAUCGAUGCCUUCACGAUGAAUUACGAGGCUGAAAUGACUACACCAGGCUCACACCGCAAGUUUUACGACCAUUUGUUCAGCUUUGCGAGGCAAAUCUGUCAUGCGAAUGGGUUUCGCUUGGAAGUCCAGAAGAAAACAAUUUGUGAAGAUGCGGCGAGUGCGGAUCGAGCAAUACUACAGCCUGACGUCAUUGUAAAGUGUAAUGAUUGUGUUGUGCUUUGCGGCGAGGAGAGGGACGUGUCUGCAACGAUGAACGAUACAAUGGCCGAGUUGAGACCCAAAAUGAAGCGUUGGAGUUCGUUGUUCAGUGGAGGGCUUUCCUACCUCCUUGGCUUUGUUACUCGCGGCAAAUACUUCAGGCUGUAUGCCUUUCGUCAGGAAGACGACUGGGGCUGCCCUCUUAAUUUUGAACUACCGAGCGAAGUGCACCUCUUUCCUGGCAUCAUCGCUACGGAGUGGAGGUGGGUCCGAUGGGAUUUUUCCGACAGCCUGAGAAUGUAG